AUGUCUGGAAGCCUCACCGCCCUUAAUAAAAAGGACGGCGGAAUUAGACCGAUUUCUGUUGGGUGCACUUUUAGACGCCUUGCAGCCAAAAUAUUAUGCAGUCGUAGGUCCCAUUCCUACCCGAUCAUCUUUAAAAACAUCCAAUUGGGUGUCGGUGUCAGAGGAGGUUGUGAAGCAUCAGCCCAUUCAGUCAGAGAGUUUAUUGCUUCCAAGAAUGUGUCUGACAAUUGUGUCAUCUUGAAAAUUGACAUGCGAAAUGCGUUCAAUUCGAUCGACCGUUCCUGUUUCCUUGGAGAGUGUAUGACUCAGUUACCUGAAAUCAUGCCGUUCGCUAAACUUUGUUACGAGCACAGUUCCAGCCUCCUUUUCGAGGGUUCAAGUAUCCUCUCGUCCACCGGGGUACAACAGGGUGAUCCUCUCGGACCACUCCUUUUCGCAUUGGGUAUCAACCCUAUAGCAAUGUCAGUCAAAUCUCCCCUAAACAUUUGGUACUUGGACGAUGUCACAAUCGGUGGCCCGGCAGAUCAGGUUCUCAAAGACGCCCUUAUGAUUUCCUCUCGGCUCGGCCACAUCGGGUUAUCCUUGAAUCCGUCAAAGUGUGAGCUGACUAAUCUUAACGUGGCCUCUUUCGAUGAAAUCCACAGAAACUUUACCUCACUCAUUCCUGAAAUCAGAAUAACCCAAAAGGAAGACCUUAUUAUUCUCGGCUUUCCUCUCCACGGUGAGGCAACGGAAAAAAUUUUGAUGGAAAAGACAUCAAAUAUGGAACAAGCAGCGAGUCGGUUAUCCCAGCUAAAUGCACAUGAAGGCUUGUUCCUCUUGAAGAAUUUUUUAUCCAUUCCAAAAAUUCUGUAUAUCCUCCGUUCAUCUCCAUGUUUCCUUCAUCCUAAACAUCUGGGGUCAAUAGACUCUAUCAUUCGUCGUCAUGCCGAACUUAUUUGUAACGUGCAACUUGAUGAUCUCGCAUGGAAACAAGUUUCCCUACCUAUUCGUAUGGGAGGUAUCGGUCUCCGUUCACCUACCGACUUGGCUCUUCCAGCCUAUUUGGCCUCACGAUCAUUUUGUGGUCCCCUCAUCGGCGUCAUUCUCAAGUCUUUAAAUGAAUGUACCCCGUGUCGGUGGAUGCAAAACGGCCUCGAGUCUUGGAGCAGCCAUGGUCUGAGAUUCCCCGAAGUGGAAUCUUCACAGAGACAUUGGGACGAAAUCUGGUGCAGGGAGACUUACAGAGUUAUCGAACUGUGCAUGGACCAAGAACGGAUCAUAUGUCUCAGAUCGGGUGCACAACCCAAUUCUGGCUCCUGGAUAAGCGCUUGUCCUAUUGCGUCUACCGGCUGUAAACUUGACGGCCUAUGUCUACGUCUCGGCUUACCGAUGUGCACCCCACACCCCUGCAAAUGUGAAAAGAGGAUUGGUCCAUUGGGAAGGCACCCACUUUCUUGCACUCGUAGCGCCGGUCGUUUUCCCCGACAUUCCGCCGCCAAUGACAUCAUCAAAAGGGCCAUGGACGCUGCCGGAUUCCACUCUCAACUCGAACCAGCUGGUCUCGAUAGAGGGGAUGGCAAACGCCCAGACGGCGUAACCAUCUACCCGUACACGAGAGGGAAAGCACUUGUUUGGGAUUUUACCUGCCCUGACACGUUUGGACCUUCUUCAUUCGGAAGUUCGGCAUCCUUUCCUGACUCUGCUGCAAAACGUUCAGAAGAGUUGAAGAAAAAGAAAUACUCUUUCCUGGCAGACAGAUAUCUUUUCCAGCCGAUCGCUGUGGAGACUUCCGGAGUCUUUGGAUCAGAGAGUUUUUCGUUCAUUCGAAGAUUGGGUGGUCUAAUCACCAAAAAAACAGGUGAUCCGCGGGAGACGUCGUGGCUCUUCCAGAGGAUUUCGUGUGAAAUUGUCCGCGGAAAUUCACACGCUAUCCUAGGGUCAUUCUUAAAUAAUUGA